AUCUGUAACCCUAUAGCCAAUUUAUAGACCAUGUUAGAUAUUAACGCAUUUCUCGUUGAAAAGGGAGGAAACCCCGACAAGAUCAAGGAAUCGCAAAAAAAGAGAGGCGCUUCCGUUGAAUUAGUCGACGAGAUCAUCAACGGAUACACCGAAUGGACCAAGAUUAGAUUCGACUUGGAUGAACAAAACAAGAAACUCAAUGCCAUCCAAAAGGAAAUCGGAAAGAAGUUCAAGGCCAAGGAAGACGCCAGCGAAUUGGUGGCCGAAAAGGAAAAAUUGGCCGCAGGCAAGAAAGACUUGAUUGAAAAGGAAGCCCAAGCCGACAGCGCCUUGAGAUUCAAGGUUAACCAAGUUGGUAACAUCGUCCACGACUCCGUGGUUGUCUCUAUGGAUGAAGACAACAACGAAUUGGUUAGAACCUGGAUCCCAGAGGGCUACGAAGUCGCUCAAGUUGGUGCUGCUUCCGGUAAACCAGCCAAGUUAUCCCACCAUGAAGUCUUGUUGAGAUUGGACGGUUACGACCCAGAAAGAGGGGUUAGAAUUGUCGGCCACCGUGGUUACUUUUUAAGAAACUGGGGGGUUUUCUUGAACCAAGCUUUGAUUAACUAUGGUUUACACUUUUUGUCCUCCAACGACUAUGUUCCAUUGCAAGCUCCAGUUAUGAUGAACAAGGAAGUCAUGGCCAAGACUGCCCAAUUGUCCCAAUUCGACGAAGAAUUGUAUAAAGUUUUGGAUGGUGAAGAUGAAAAGUAUUUGAUUGCCACUUCUGAACAACCAAUCAGUGCCUACCACGCUGGUGAAUGGUUUGAAUCCCCACAAGAACAAUUACCAGUCAGAUAUGCCGGUUACUCCUCAUGUUUCCGUAGAGAAGCUGGUUCUCACGGUAAGGAUGCCUGGGGUAUUUUCAGAGUGCAUGCUUUUGAAAAGAUUGAACAAUUUGUCUUGACUGAGCCAGAAAAGUCCUGGCAAGAAUUUGACAGAAUGAUUGGUUUAUCAGAACAAUUCUACCAAUCAUUGAAGUUGCCAUACCGUGUCGUUGGUAUUGUUUCUGGUGAAUUAAACAAUGCCGCUGCUAAGAAGUACGAUUUGGAAGCCUGGUUCCCAUUCCAAAAAGAAUACAAGGAAUUGGUUUCUUGUUCCAACUGUACUGAUUACCAGUCCAGAAACUUGGAAAUCAGAUGUGGUAUCAAACAACAAAACCAAACUGAAAAGAAGUACGUCCACUGUUUGAACUCUACCUUGACUGCCACUGAAAGAACCUUGUGUUGUAUUUUAGAAAACUACCAAACUGAAGAUGGUUUGAUUGUCCCAGAAGUUUUGAGAAAGUAUAUCCCAGGUGAACCUGAAUUUAUUGAGUUUGCCAAGGAAUUACCAAAGAAUUCAACUUCUAACAAGAAGAAGGAUGGAAAGAAAUAGAUUAAAUAGUAAUGUAAUGACUGUCAGCUAGACUUAGUCCUUCCUCUAUUGCAUUGCGCUGGCGAGAUUACAAUUUUGCAGUAAAAAAACAUGCAUUAUAAACUACGAGAAAUCUGGAACCUCUGGCUUGCAUUGCAUAAAUAAUAUCACAUAUAAUUUAUACUAUAAAACUGUUAUACAAGUUCUAAACAGCAAAGCCAGGUCGAUUCUCUCUCUCUCUCUGUUUUUUUGGAUAUAUAUAUAUAUAUAACAAUCAAUUAUUCUACAUACUGUCGACACAAGCUUCAGCACAACAACAACAAAGAAUAGCAGCACAGGUACCACAGUAAGCUCCACAACAUCCACUUUCCUUCUUUUGAGGAGGUUGUUGGACGUAGAUUGGUUGUGGUUGUGGUUGGUAGUAUUGAGGUUGUUGUUGUUGUUGGUAGUAUUGGGGUUGUUGUUGAUUGUACAUGAUUGUUUACUUCGUGAUGGGAAUGUAUCAAGGAUGAAACGUGUGU